AAUGAUUUACAAUCUUAAUUUUUAGGUAUUUAUGGUGAUAUAUCAGACCAUUAUUAUGCAUAAUGCAAAUGGCUUCUUGAUGUAAGCUAGCAUACUUUAAUCUUCAUAAUCACAUGCACAGAUCUUGUACAGAUCUGAACAUUAUUGAACUUCCCUGUGACUAAUACAUCUUUUUGUACACUAAUACACACUUCAGCAUCAGUUUGGUGUAUGUUGACCUGCUCACUGCAUUGCGCUACAUUCUCGGUUUUUAACCUCAAACCAACCCAUCGCUGACUAUCAGAUAAACAGAGCAACUUGAAUAGGGUACUUGAUAAGUGUGGCCGUCGACAGUCUCAGUUCUCAGAAAUGUGCUUGCAUCUUACAGAGGAACUAGGUGUUAAAAUGUUUGGCCAGUAGCUCAGUCUGCAUUUAUCAGCAAACAACCCAGCAGCAGAAGGUGAUUUCUAUUGAUUUCAAACGGCAUUGUGAAGCUUACUUUGUGAGAACUCUGCUUCCUAUUCAGUUCUAAUGGAAGACACAAUGACUCCAGAUUAUUAUAAUUAUUUACAAGAGUUAUCUGUAGACAGCCAUACGAAAGAAGAGAAACUUCAUGUGGCUACUGAGGUACAUCUUGGCUACUGCAGGGAAGCAGCAUGUGUAAUUACAGUGAUCUUUAAUGUGAUCAUAUUCCUUCUUGGCAUCAUUGGAAAUGGUGCGGUGAUCUGGAUUACUGGUUUUAAGAUGAAGAAGUCAGUGAACACCACCUGGUACCUGAGUCUGGCUCUGUCUGACUUCCUUUUCUGCGCUACUCUCCCUUUCACCGUUGACUACAUGGUGAAGAACAGCUGGAUCUUUGGGCCCUUCAUGUGCAAGUUCAACGCUUUUGUUAUGACCCUCAAUAUGUACAGCAGCAUUUUCAUCCUGGUCAUCAUUAGUGUGGAUCGCUGCAUCACCGUCAAGUUUCCCGUCUGGGCCCAGAAUCAGCGCACUGUACAGAAAGCUUCUGUAGUUGUUAUGUUAGCUUGGUUAGUGUCUUCUUUGCUUAGCAUUCCAUCUGCCAAAUUCAGAGAGAUUAUGAAUAUAAACAUAUGCUAUAGCAACUAUGAGAAUCACCACAAAACCGUUGUGUUCAUGCGCUUUACUUUUGGGUUUUUGAUUCCAUUCCUGACCAUCUUCACCUGUUACUCCAUCCUGAUCCGUAAACUUAGAGCAAACCAAAUGUCCAGAUCCACCAAGCCCUACAAGAUCAUGACAUUACUGAUCACAACUUUUUUCAUCUGUUGGUUGCCAUUUCAAAUAGUUUCCGUUUUAGAGUUGGACCGAAUUGAGUACAGCUUUGCCUUUCACACAGCCCAACGAGUAUCCGCCACUCUCGCCAGUGCAAACAGCUUUCUAAACCCGUUCCUCUAUGCAUUCAUGGCCAAGGACUUAAAGAAGAAAUGCUAUUCCUUUCUUUCCAAGAUUGAGAGCGCCAUCGAUGAGGAGACCCGAAGUGCUUUCAGAGCAACUUCAAUUACCAAUUCUGUGGAUAACAGACAUUCCACUGUUGUCUGAAAUUUUAACACGAGUCAUGCACUAAAGAGAAUGCUGGCCCAUAAAAACGACUUGGCAUUAACAAGUAGUGCAGUUGUUUUGUCUGUUGCAUGUUUGAGUUUGGAAAUU